CCCUUUCGACCAUCGUGCUACCGGCCGCAUGGGGCGGCGGAUUCCGGCGGCGACGGCCGUCCUUAUGGGCUUUGAUCUGUCGUCCGCAAGUCUAAGGACGGGUGGUAUCCCUUAAAUUGGCGUUUCCGGUGACAAUUUGUGAAGGUUCUCUGGGGUUUCUUGGACCGUUGGUGAAGUCUCUUCACUUACAAGAGCUCGAGGAACGUGACUGAAAUAUUCAACACAAUGAAUCCCCGAGAGCAUAUAGGCAAAGCCUUUGAUGCUUCUUCUUCUGCUAAUGGUGGUAAUCCAUCAUUGAAAAGCAAAGGUGUUGAAGAAUCUAGUUCUACAAAAGGUGACCAUAAGGCUGAUCAGAUGAGCAUGGACAUGGCAGAUGUCAGCAUAGCCAGUCAAGAAGAAGGAUGGGAGGUGUAUGGAAAGAAGUCCAAGAAGAGAGCUGGCUCUAGUGGCCGUGGUACCAUCACAACAGCUUCUGGUCCGAAACCAUGGGGCUCUUCACCUAAUGCACCUAGGUCUUGGGGUCAGUCUGAUGGGCUACCGAGGCAAAGAUGGGGCGCAAAUGGUGGAACUGCAAGGACUUCCGGAAGUAACUGGGCUCAAGCCAAUGCAUCUCAUCGACCUACUAGCAAAGUUAAUCCUAAGCGGCAACCAACAAGCAAGGGUUUGGAAACACAACACAUGGCUCUCCCUCCAGUUAUACCUUCACAACUGCAACAUGGAUGGAAUUGGGCAGCAAGAGGUGAUUUCUCUGGUUCUCAACCAAAAUCGGAUGAAUUUAUCUCCAACCAUCUUCCCCAGAAUGAUUCUUCUGGUGGAUGUGAUUCGGAUUCCAAUGCUAUGACUCAGAAGUCUGGUGAUGUUUUAGAUGAUGAUGAUGAUGAUGAUGAUUUGGUGGAAGACAGCGAUGAUAAUUUCAGUGAUGGCUAUGAUUCUGAUGCAAGCCAAAAGACCCAUAAGACUCGAAAGAAGAGCAAACCGUUCAGGGGAUUUUUUGAAGAUUUGGACAAGCUGACAAAUGAAGAAAUAAAUGAACAAAUGAGGCAAUGGCAUUGCCCGGCAUGUCACAACGGUCCUGGUGAAAUUGUGUGGUACAAAGGUUUGCAACCUUUGCUGACCCAUGCAAAUACAAAAAGAGCAGCUAGAGUUAAACUUCAUCAGGAGCUUGCUUUACUGUUGGAAGAAGAACUUCACCAUAGGGGAACUUCACCUGUACCUGCUGGUGAAGUCUUCGGUAAAUGGAAGGGACUGCAGGAGACAACAACUGAUCGUGAAAUAGUUUGGCCUCCAAUGGUUGUUAUUAUGAACACCUUGCUUGAGCAAGAUGAGAAUGAAAUGUGGAUUGGCAUGGGUAGAAAAGAGCUUGUUGAAUAUUUCAGCUCGUAUGCAGCAGUAAAAGCCUGCCAUUCAUAUGGUCCUCGUGGGCAUCGUGGCAUGAGUGUUUUGAUCUUUGAACCUACUGCAGUAGGCUAUUUGGAGGCUGAGCAGCUACAUAAUCAUUUUGCAGAACAAGGAAAAGAUAGAGACGCAUGGGAACAUCGUAGGAUUCUAUUCUCUGCAGGUGGCAAACGCCAAUUAUAUGGCUACUUGGCAAACAAAGAAGAUGUGGAUGUGUUCAACCACGAUUCUCAUGGUAAACAUCGUCUGAAAUUUGAGAUGAGAUCAUACGAGGAAAUGGUUGUCAUUCCAAUGAAGCAAAUGAAUGAAGAUAACCAGCAACUAAUCUGGUUGAAAAACAAGGUUGUUAAACAAGAACAACAGUCCAAAGUUCUUAAAGAAACCAUUGGGGUUGUAACUCAAAGGUGGCGUGAGACUGUGGAAGAAAAUAUCAUUGUAAGGCGUAGAUCCAAGAUGCAACAUGAAGAAAACAAGGAAGAGAUGGAUUAUCAAGAGAAAUUUUUCAACGAGCAAAUAGAAAAAAUACGCAAUAAUACUAUUUAA